AUGCCAUACGAAGAUAAUGAGCUUCAAACUGCAAUUGAAGGCCAUCAAAGUCAAUUAUCCAAUCAGGAAAAAAACAAUACCCCUAACGACGACACUUUUAUAGACGAUUCUCCAUUAUAUGGAACAAGGGCAAGUCUGCAGUCAGCUCCGGUUGCUGUUGACGACGGGAAGCAUUUACUGUAUCCAGAUAUUGCCACCAGUCUACCAUUGAAGACUUCUGACAGACUUUUGGACGACGUACUUUGUGACACUAUUUUCCUCAAUUCUACAGAUCCAAAUGUAAUAGAAAAGGGUUUGCAAACGUCCGGUAUUUUAAGGGAGUCUAUGCUUUCUUACUCGAGUUUCAGAAGCAGUAUUCGCCCAAAUGCAUUGGGUUCAUUAACCGAUCAAGUGACCAUUCAGACCAAGACCGAAUACGAUUCCAUUUCAUGUCCCAGAUAUAACAAGAUAUAUGUCUUCCAGGCUGUUAUCUUGAAUCCGUCAUUAUCAGAGCAGCAAAUUUCAAGUUUUGAUGAUAUUGUUAGAAUUCCUAUUUACCAUCUGAAAGUCACUGUUAAGAUCCGUCAAGAACUGGAACGGUUGAAGAAGCAUGUAGGCGUUACUCAGUUCCAUUCAUUGGAUCAUUUACACGAAUACGAUCGAGUAGACCUUUCAACCUUUGAUUCUUCCGACCCAAAGCUAAUGGAUUAUGGUAUUUAUGUUUCUGAUGAUACGAACAAAUUGAUCUUGAUUGAAAUUUUUCAACCCGAGUUUAAUUCACCCGAAGAGCAUGAAAGCUUUACUACCGAUGCCAUUAAGAAAAGAUACAAUGAUUUAUGCUUAAAAAAUGAAUCGCUAAAUAAAAAGGAAGCACCAUCCCAGCCUGAUUGUUUCUACACACUUUUCAAAAUUUUCAAAGGUCCGCUAACGAGGAAAAGCAAAGAAGAACCUAUAAAGACAAUUGAUUCAGGAAAUUUAGUUCUGAACACUCACCUAAAUGCUGAAUGGUUGACGUCCAAAUAUGGAUUUCAGGCAAGCUCAGAAAUCGAUGAGGAAACGAAUGAUCCAUUUACUGAAUAUGUUCCUCCCGAUAUGGUGGGAUAUGUAGGUGAUUGGAACAAAAGAAAAAUCAGAGAAUCAUUUGUUAAAAAGUGUCUUCAACUAAUAUUUUGGGGUCAAUUGUCAGCUUCGUUAUUGACGCCUAAUUCUUCUUUGAAAAACACAAAGAGUGUUAAGGGACUAUCUUCUUUACAAACUUCUUUUUCGACAUCGCCAUGGUUCCAUUUAUUAGGAGAAUCAAGAGCAAGAAUUCUGUUGAAUUCUAAUGAACAGGCACAUUCUCCCCUGGACGCAGAACAACAUUUCAUCAACCUUUCCGUUUCACAUUAUUAUACUGAUAGGGAUAUAAUCAGAAACUACGAAGCUUUGUCAUCUUUGGAUCCUGAUAAUAUUGGAUUGUAUUUCGAUGCACUGACCUAUAUUGCAAAUAGAAAGGGUGCGUACCAAUUGAUUGCUUAUUGUGGGAAGCAGAAUAUUAUAGGCCAAGAAGCUUUAGAAAACGCCUUGGUAACUUUUAAAAUUGACCCAAAGGAGUUCAAUAUUGCUGAGUUAAACGAAGCGACUUUGCUGUCUAUUUACAAAUUCGAAACUUCAAAUAAAAGCAAAGUAACCUCCAAUCACUUAACGAAUUUCAAGAAUGCCCUCAGAUUGUUGGCCAAAUAUACCAAGUCGGACAAAUUGAAGUUUUAUGUCGACCAUGAGCCAUAUAGGGCUUUAUCACAGGCAUAUGACACAUUGUCCAUUGAUGAAUCAGUAGAUGAAGAUAUUAUAAAAACUGCAUAUUCAAUCAAGAUUAAUGAUUCUCCCGGAUUGAAGUUGGAUUGUGAUAGAGCGCUUUAUACCAUCGCCAUUAGUAAGAGGAGUCUUGACUUAUUUAAUUUCUUAACGGAUGAAUGCCCACAAUUUUUAAAAUAUUAUGGCCCAGAGAAACUCCAUUAUCAAGAGGCACUGAAACUUCUUCAGGUCAAUGAAAAUGCUUCCGACGAAACCGUUUUGAAAAUUUUCAAACAAAAGUGGUAUGAUGAAAGUGUCUUUGAACCCGAUCAAUUUCUUAUCUUAAGGGCAGCGUUGACUAGAAUUAGUAUAGAGAGAAAUUCAAAUUUAAUCACUAAUUUCUUACUAACAGGUACGAUAGAUCCCAAUUCGUUGCCGCCAGAAAAUUGGCCAACGGGCAUUAAUAAUAUCGGGAACACCUGCUAUUUAAAUUCUUUGCUACAAUAUUACUUCUCCAUUGCGCCACUAAGAAGAUAUAUAUUGGAAUAUCAAAAAACUUUAGACAACUUCAAUGACCAUCUCUCUAAUAGUGGGCAUGUUCGAAGAAUUGGUGGAAGGGAAAUCAGUAGAGGUGAAGUGGAAAGAUCUAUCCAAUUUAUAUAUCAACUUCGCAAUCUUUUCUAUGCAAUGGUACAUUCAAGAGAAAGAUGUGUAACUCCCUCAAAAGAAUUGGCAUACUUAGCAUUUGCCCCAAGUAAUGUCGAAGUGGAGUUUGAAGUGGAAGGUAAUAAAGUCGGCAGUAAUGGCGCCGCAAUCUCUGCCGAUUCAAAAGGAGAAGUAACUCAAGAGGCGGCCACCACUUCAGAAGAAAAGGAUCCAAGUUUAAUUGAUUUAGAAAUGGAGGACAAGACCAACAGUGAUGUUGAUAAAGACAUCGAAAAUGUUAAAGCGAACGAAGCGAAUGAAGCAAAUGAUAUUGAAAUAACUGUGGGCGAGAAUAUCACCGAUUUAGCUUCACCUACGCGUGUUGCGAAAAUUGGUUCAGACCAGUUAGAAAAUGCCCUGGAAAUGGGUAGACAACAAGAUGUUACUGAAUGUAUAGGAAACGUCCUAUUUCAAAUAGAAAGCGGUUCCGAACCCAUUAGGUAUGAUGAGGAUAACGAGCAAUACGACUUAAUCAAGCAGCUGUUUUAUGGUACUACCAAACAAAGUAUUGUUCCUUUGUCGGCAACAGAUAAAGUUCGUACAAAGGUUGAAAGAUUUCUUUCGUUACUGGUAAAUAUAGGUGACCAUCCUAAAGAUAUUUAUGAUGCGUUUGAUUCUUAUUUCAAAGAUGAAUACCUGACAAUGGAAGAAUAUGGUGAUGUUAAACGUACGGUUGCUGUAACGACAUUUCCUACUAUUUUGCAAGUUCAAAUUCAAAGAGUUUAUUAUGAUCGUGAAAGGUUCAUGCCAUUUAAAUCCAUCGAACCCUUACCAUUCAAGGAAGUUAUUUACAUGGACAGAUAUUCCGAUACAGAAAACCCUUUACUGCUGGCUAAAAAAGAGGAAACGGAACAAAUGAAACAAAACUUGAAAGUAAUGAAAAAUAGACAAAGGGAACUAUUAGAUCGCGAUGAAUCAGGACUCACGAGAAAGGAUGCCUUUUUGGAAAGUAUCAAACUAUUAGAAUCAAAUAUUGUAGUGACUGAAGCUUCGAAUUCUGAGGAUAACAAAGACGUGAUAAGAAUAUUGAAAAGUAAUAUUAUCGAUAUUGAUAAUGAAUUGAUGAGUUUAUACAAUGACAUCAACAGUUUGGAGGAUAAAAUAAGCCAUCAAUUUGAUGAUUUUGAAGAAUAUGGAUACUCACUAUUUUCGGUUUUUAUUCAUCGAGGCGAGGCCAGUUAUGGCCACUACUGGAUUUAUAUUAAAGACAGAAACUACGGUGGUGUUUGGAGAAAAUAUAAUGACGAAACCAUUAGUGAAGUACAGGAGGAGGAGGUCUUCAAUUUCAACGAGGGCAAUACAGCAACUCCGUAUUUCUUGGUUUAUGUCAAACAAGGACAAGAGUCUGAUAUUGAGCCCUUGAAAAGAAUCUUGGAAUAG